AUGACGGCUAACCGUGCUCGAAAAGCAGCUCAGCAAGCCGCAGCUUCUCGGCCGGUAGAUCCCGAUGAACAAGCCAUGAACCGAUCACUACCAACCGCAGCCGUGGAGCCGCCAACCUCUAGAACAGGUCCGCUCCGAACUCCGUCGAAUCUCUCCCGUGUGUCCAUAUGCACACCCGAAGCUAGACAAGUUGCCAGAAUCCUCGAACGCGUCUUUAUCGAACAGCUUCCGAGCAGUUUGUCGACUGAAGAGAUGUCUGCGCUGGUGAGCCACUACCGUCACGGCCUUCGUGGAACGAAGAAGGAAAGGGGAGUCCUUCGCAAUAUUAUCGCCAUCGUCCUCUUGAACCGUCGACAUCCAGAAAGCGUUCCAGACAUGGUACAAGAUAUCGAAAACGGACAUCCGGAGGGAGAUGUCGAAUCCUGGACGACGCAGGCUAUACUAGAUGAACUCGAGGUGGAACUUGCGGCUUGCCGGACACUCGAGAGACUAGGACAUACUCCCAAGGCCUGGUACAUACCCGCAAUCCAAAUCGCCACAAGCAUCGAGGGUACGACCGCGGGACAGGAGAUACUCACCAGUAGCCUGGAGGAUAACAGCGAAGAGACAACUACGGACACGAUCCAAGCCGAAGAGACGAGAACCGUCGUUCUCCCCAUGCCUCCUAUUUCUCGGCGAUGCUGGCUUCGAACUGAAGGGAUGGUCAUUCCCCAUGAGGGAGACCGCGUUCCCUAUAUCGGACGCGAACCUCUACUCACACAGGCGAGGAAGAUUCCAGCGAACGGGUCGGUCGACUCACGUGGGCGAGCAUUGCCAUCGGUUGAGAAUCAUCCUCUGACCGAUCUAACCCCAGAGGAAAUUUGCAUGAUCGCCCAAGUGGGAAAUAAGGCGACAGUCGAGCAAUAUCCAAACAUUUUCUACCCAUCGACCAGAGCGGUAUGGGAGAUAAAACCUCCUUAUGCGUGGGUUCUCCUCGAGGUGCGGGAGGUUGACGGCGAGAGGCUGUUCCCCUUGUCCCGCAACCGGCUAGAGAUGGUCUUCCCCGACUACGAAUUAGUCUAUCAGCGUAAGCAUCUCCCUGCUGAAACUCGUGAGGUGGGAGCAGUCACCCGGGAACGUGGCCCUAGCGGCCGUUUCUCCGGUGAAGGAAAGGCUGCGAGAAGGAAAGAGAAAGCCAAUCUCCUACGUGAGAACUUCUCUACCCUUCGGGAUCAAAUCGACCAGCUGAAAACGAAUGUCAACACUCGGAUUGACCACCUGGACACGAAUUUCAACGCUCAGAUUGACGAGGCCUUGGUAGGGCCAACACGAACCUGGCCUAACCCAACUGUGAAUCGUCACCGAGGCAUGCGGGAUUCAGGUUCCAACGACACGGAUCUGAAGCAGGAAGAUAUCGAUCUCCUUCUUCCAGGUCGAGGCGGAAUCCGCCUCGACCGGUCUGUAAUGCGUCCCCAUCAACCCUACGAAAGUCCCUUCGAUAUGUUGGUGGGUUCGUCUCGCCAGAAUCCAGCGGCGACCCCAUCGGUGGUAGAUGUCCCUGUGUCUGCCGUAGAGGUCCCUAUGCCUUCUACAGCCUUUCCAACUGCUCCGGCUACCUCAGUGGUGCUGACUCCGCAAGCGAACCUAGCUACUCCUACGGCGCGGAUCCAGAGGUCGUCCGGUCUAGCGGGACAACCUAUCCCGAGGGGUCCAGUUGCGGGCCGACCCGCUGGGGGCAGUUCUACCUGUUCUCGCCCGCCGACUGCAUCCAUUAGAAGGCGGCAACACGCGUUAAAGUAG